AUGAAGAAGGCAGUCAGAAUUCUGGGGGGCCAUGUCCAAUGGGAAUAACGAAGAAACUAUUUAAAUGCAUAGAAAGAGUAGAAAGAGAGAAAAUGUGGAAAGACAGAGGAGAAACAAUUUGAAAGUAUGGAGUGUGGGAAGAGCUUCAGUGACAGUGAAACACUUAGAAAACAUCAACGGACUCACACAGGAGAAAAGCCAUUUAAAUGCAUGGAAUGUGGAAAAAGCUUUGGUUCGAGUUCAAACCUUCGCAUACAUAAACACACACACACAGGGGAGAAACCAUAUAAAUGUACUGAGUGUGGAAAGAGUUUCAGUCGGAUUGGACACCUUAGAAACCAUCAACGGAUCCACACAGGGGAAAAACCUUUUAAAUGCAUGGACUGUGGAAAGAGCUUCACUGAUAGUGGAACAUUCAGAAAACAUCAACAAACUCACACAGACUGGAAACCAUUUAAAUGCAUGGAUUGUGGGAAGAGCUUCACUGAUAAUCGAGUACUUAGAAUUCAUCAACGGACUCACACAGGGGAGAAACCAUUUAAUUGCAUGGAGUGUGGAAAGAGCUUCAUUGAUAGUGGAACACUAAGAAGACAUCAACGGACUCACACAGGGGAGAAGUCAUUUAAAUGUAUGGAGUGUGGAAAGAGCUUCAGUAGAAGUGAAAGCCUUAAUUUACAUCAUCAAAUUCACACAGGGGAAAAACCAUAUCAAUGUAUGGAGUGUGGAAAGAGCUUCACUUAUAGUGGAACACUUAGAAACCAUCAACGGACUCACACAGGUGAGAAACCAUUUAAAUGCAUGGAAUGUGGAAAGAGCUUCAGUUGGAGUGGGCAACUGAAUUCACAUAAUCAAACUCACACAGGGGAGUGACUAUUUAAAUGUAUGGAGUUUUGAGAGAGUUUCUUUCAGAGUGGAACCUUUAAUUCACACACAGGAAACUUAGAAGACAUCAACAGACUCACCUGGGCAAAAGCAUAUAAAUGUAUAGAGUGUGGAAAGACCUUACUGCGAGUGAAACACUUAAAAGCUAUCAACGGACUCACAAAGGGUAGAAAUCAUUUAAAUUCCUGGAAUGUGGAAAGAGCUUUUAUUGGAGUGGAAACCUUAGCAAACACCAGUGAAUUCACAAAGGGGAAACCACUUACUAAAAUGGAGUGUAGAUAGCACUUCAGUUCUGCUGUUCUUACAAAGCAUCAAUGGACUCACAAGGAGGAGGAGCUUUAAAAGCUGAAAUCCUACAAACCCCCCAAAACUGAAAAUGCCAAAAUGAUUUGAAUGAAAGGAGUGCAGGAAGUGCUUCUGUUAAAUUAUAUACAGUGGUGCCUCACAAGACGAAAUUAAUUCGUUCCGCAAGUUUUGUCGUCUUGCGAUUUUUUCGUCUUGCGAAGCACGGUGUCGGGAAAGUUUUGGAAAAGCUUCAAAAAUCACCAAAGUCUUCAAAAACCUCAAAAAAGGCUACCACACCACGUGCUACGAGUUGCUCCUCGAAGUCAAGUCGCAACUGUAUUAACGGUGUUAAGAAAAAGGAAACAAACUUGCAAGACGUUUCCGUCUUGCGAAGCAAGCCCAUAGGGAAAAUCGUCUUGCGAAGCAGCUCAAAAAACAAAAAACCCUUUCGUCUAGCGAGUUUUUUGUCUUGCGAGGCAUUCGUCUUGCGAGGUACCACUGUAUAUACAUAUAUAUUAUUUUAUUUACAGAUUGCAACAUACUUUCGAGGUACACAUUUGUUUCACAUAUGACUUCCUCUCCAUGGUUUCCCCACAGAAUUUUAAAAAUUGCUGUAUAUUUCAGAUUUUCUACACCUUACCUUUUCUACACUCUUCUCCAACAAGUAUUCAACUGUUUUUUUUUCAUUCAGCUCCUACCUGUGAUUGUACAUGUUUACAAAAAUGCUUUAAAUAUUCAACAAAAGGUUUCUACUCCUCCUUAAAGUCUGCCUUGAUCUCUUAUUUUCAUAGUUAAAUUUGCCAAGUCGGCAUACUCCGUCACUUUUAACUGCCGCUCUCUUGAUCAAGUGCAGCUAUCUUUUGAUUUUGCCAUUUUUGUGCAUAAAGUACUCUUGCUGCUGUCGUUCAUCUGUCUUCUUGGAACAUCUAACCCAGUUAUCCCUAAAAGAAAUGCUUCAUGGUUUCUGCAGGAGCGUCACCUUAAGUAAUUUCCCCCCUCGUUAUAAUUCAUCUCCCAAAAGCACCUAACCGCUUUACAUGUCCAGCACAUAUGGAGAAAAGCACCUUCUGUUUCUUUACAUUUCCAAGAUAUAUAUCUGACUCCAGCUUACUCAGUUUCAGAUACUGUGUAUAAACCAUUUUCAUAAAAUUUUAUUUCAGUGCCUAAGACACUGUGAAUUUUACAUUCAAUUUCCUCAGUUUUUCCCAUGCUUCCAUCUCUAGACCAAUGGAUUGUAGAUCAUUUGUCUAUAAUUUGCCAUUCUAAGAGCAUCUUCUAAAUGAAUUUUUCUUCGUUCUCUAGUAACUCUUUUUCAAACUGAGAACUUUGCUUAAUAAACCCACACUUCUUAUUUUGUUUUAAGACUUCAGUCAGUUGAUAGUAUUCCAACCAAUCGGUCUCCUGAUCUUAAUAUCCUCUGACUUCUUUAACAUUGCACCCUCUUUUGUGAAGGCCGAUAGCUCCCUAUAGGUCACCCAUCUCUUUUCCAUGUUCAGCUUCUUUUGUGAGAUUGCUUCUAUGGGUGAAAGCCACAAAGAUGUUUUCCUUUCCAACUAAUCUUUAUACAUUUCCAAAACUCUAAAUAAGUUUUUCCUAAUUACAUAAUUUAUUUUUUAAAAAAAAUAUACCUUCGCUUUACAUGCAUCAAUAUGCAUGCCAGCCAAAUUUAUUACCAUAUGCUUCUACAGCGGAACCUUGCUUAUCCAGGCUAAACAUAUCAAAAUAAUAACCGUUAAGAGGGACCAACUUGCCAAAGACUUGCCUCACGUUGUAGUGUUUAGUUUCCCUCCUUAUGUUAUUUUCUUACAGUUUUCUUUAUUAUUAAAGCUUAGUUUACAUUUA